AGCACACUUUGGGAAUCCCUAUUUUAGUGGAUUACGCAGCAGGUGGAUUUCAGUGAAAAAGCUCUCAUGUUCAUUUCUUGCUUAUCUCUAAAAUGCAGAAAUGUUUCAACACACACAACUGUCACCAUCCCCCAUUAUGCAAAUCAAUGUGAAUUUUCAUAUUGAGCCUCCAUUCAGUUAUACCACAAUGCAAAUGAGUACUGUAAAAAAGAAAAUGACUGUGGCAUCAUAAAUCUACAGUUCAACAGACAGUCUGCGAUUCUGGGUUACAAAUGAACAAAUCAAGAGUUUGUGGUUAAGAUGGCAGCUUCACUACAGAUGUAUGGCAAAGCUGGCCUCCUCGCAGUUCUCUUUAUAAAUCAGUCCCCACUUGUAUUACUACCAUAAAAUACAGAAUAUUACUUUAUGUACUAACAUCACGUGCAAAUCUAUGAGUUACAUAACAUGUCCAGCUGAUAACACCUCUAACUCAAAAUACUUCAUUUACCCAUUUUAUGUCUCUAGUUUGGCGGUGUGAGUAGCAUAGUCUACUGCAAAUCGUCAUACAAUUUAUACAACCCAAACAUUGAACCAUUAUCAGAUAUGACCCUGUUUGUCUUUCUGUUAUCCAUCAGAAAGAUGGCAGACAGGCUUAUUUACACCAACAGCUUAAAAGUUUGUUGGAUAAAUUCAAUUCCAGCAGUGGCUGCGGAAUCCCAAAAAGUUCAGGUUUCCGGUUAUUUACACUGUGUUGUUUUGGAACUGCAGGCUGUCAUUAAAGAUACUUAUUUUUUUAAGAUAAAACUAAUGGGUCUAAAAAAAUGAAGUUCCAGUUGUGCUUUCUAUGAUAAUGUUUGGUGAACCUCUGUAUUGUGAAUGUGCAAACCCUAUUUUAAAUUACUUUAGUUUUCAAUAGGAAGGCCUGCUUCAUACUUGCAGAUCUUUCUAAAGAGAAAAAAGAGGGAGGCAGGGACUAUUGGUAACCCAACCCAUCUUGCCCAAUCCCAACGUAACAGAGAGGCAGAGAAAUAGUGUCAGUGUCAGAUAAGACAGGAAUGCACAGCAUGUUAAGUUUUGAUAUAACUCCUAAUGCAGCAGACACCCCACGUUGACAUUGUACCUUGAAACCAAGAAAUGAAUAUCAUUACACAGCUACAGCUACAAGUGGCACCCCCCAUAAACGGAACACAUCCUAUAAUACAGAGUAUUAUUAACAAGAACCUCAAGAAGCUCAAACAAUUAGUGAAGGACACCAACAUCAAUGAAGUUUACCCUUGCAUAGAAGUCGAUGACUAUAUAACUCCACUCAUAGCUGCUGUUGUAAAUCACAAUACAGAUAUUUGUACAUUCCUUUUGCAUCAGGGUGCUGACCCAAAUAAGGCUUCCAGAAAUGGGUUUACACCUUUGCAUCAUGUCUCACUGUCCAAAGCACCAGUCAUUUUUGUAGAGAAGCUGCUUAAAGAAAAAGCUAAUCCAAAUGGAUGGAGUCCCAUAUUCACACCAGUGCAAACUGCUGCCAUCCAUGACAGGGACGAUGUCUUCAGAGUACUCCUUUCUGCUGGUGCCAUUGUAACAUUGUUGCCUGGGGCUCAACAUAAAUUACACAAUGAAAGAAUAUCUAAGAUGAUUCAUAACCUUGAAUCGAGAGGAGAUAAAAAAUGCUCCAAAAUCAGCUAUUUCCUGGAUAUGGAAAUAGCUUUGGCAGAAAAAACACCUGAAGAAGUGUUCAAAACUUUUGACAGUUACAUGCUGUUGGAGCAUCCUCAGACCCAUCUGACAAUGAUUGAAAUGCUUUUUAAUGCAACUGGGCUAAAUGCAGAAGAAUACCGCCAGGGUAGUAUCAAAUGGCUGAAGGACAGUGGAAAUCUUGACUCCUACAUUGCAGGUGCCGCCAGUCGCUUUCCAAACAUUCUCCAGGAAUAUGUAAAUGCGACAAUUGUCACUUUGCAUGCAGUUCUUUGUACUGUGGAAGAUAUACCAAAUGAGCAAGCUUUGGAUACAACUUCACAACUACUGAACCAGCUUCGCUCAAAAGAGAGACCUGAUAUGUGUCUACUUGUUUUGUCCACACUAUAUGUGAUUACACAGAAAACUAAAUGCACAAAAAGCUGGGAUCAGAACUUUGUUGAGAAGAUAUGCAAGACAAUCGCUCCUUUUGUAGUGAACAGAUCCUCCUCUUCUAUAAGGGUACUCGCAUACGGCACAUUCGCAAACUUACUUUCAGUUAACCAUGCAACCAACAUCUUUGCAUCAGUGGGGAUAACUUCAGUACCCGAGGACAUACUGAUGUCUGCAGGAAUGGAAUCAAAUGAGAAGCUGAAAGAAGUACUUAAGCAACUGAGAGAUCAUCUCAGCAAGCCAAGCGUGGACUCUGAAGACUCUACAGUCUUACCUGAAUCCAAAAAGAAGAAGAAAAAGAAGAAGAAGAAGAAAAACAAGGAACAGUCAGAAAAGCAAGAAGAACCAAAUGAUGAAGUCUGCACAGCUUUAUCUAAUCUAACAGCAGCCCCUGUUAAGGAGUGUACUUCAAAUGUGAAGCCAUUCCAUUCCCUAACUACAAAAUCAAUGCCACACAGAUGGGUACAAAGCAGCGACAGGUGGAGAGAAAAGUUAAAGAAUCUUGUCAGUACUGAUGAAGAAAUGACCACAAUUGGGAGCAUGAUAUAUGUGAAUAAAGAAGAAUUCUGCAUAGCAAGAGGGAGUGAUGGUACCCAGGUGUUCUUGGGGCUGAGAGAUGAUGGCACUGAAGUUGCUAUUAAGAAAAUAUACAAAUGCAACUACCAGGUGCUGAAGCAUGAGGAAGGAUUUCUACGACUUCCAGAGCUUGACCAUCCAUCCAUUGUGAGAUACAUUGACCAAUCAGAGGAUGACAACUUUGGAUAUCUUGGACUUCAACUGUGUGAAUACACCUUGGAAGAAUACAUCAAAACUCAUGAUGAUGAUGGGCUGAGGAAGAAACUUGCCUAUCAGGUUCUCGACAGUUUGAAGGUGCUUCACUGUCAAGAUCCUCCCAUUCUCCACCGGGACCUCAAACCACAGAACGUUCUGAUCGAUGUAAAGGGGAGGGCGCGAUUAGCUGAUUUUGGCAUCAGUAGACGGUUACACAAAGGCCAAAUAACUUAUCGCACAGUCAGAGCAGGGACGAGAUGUUGGAUGGCCAAGGAGACUUUAUCAGAAGAAGACGACACUAAGAUAGCGUACAAGCCAAACUGUGAUAUACAGGUGGCAGGGAUGGUGAUCUAUUAUAUCCUCUCUGGAGGGCACCAUCCUUUUGGUGAGAAAAAACAUAAAUGUGAGUACAACAUUGAUGAAGGGAAGUACUCUUUGGACCAUGUUCAAGACGUGUUGGCAAAAGACCUCAUUGAGUGGAUGAUUGAUGCAGAACCAAAGAACAGACCUAAAGUGGAAGAAUGCUUGAGGCAUCCCUUCUUCUGGGAACCUUACAGGAGAAUAGAAUACUUGAGAAAGACAGGAAACAGGGAGGAGGUAAGGAACUGCCGAAAUUCGCACCAGGAUUUAAUUUCUUCUCUGGAGAAAUGUGCUGGUGAUGGAUCCUUCAACCAGUGGAAAGAUAAGUUUCCGCCAGAGUUGCUGCAGAGGAUGGAUGGCAAGAAGAAAUGCUACCCUGAAAACGCAUUGGGAUUACUGCGCUGCAUACGAAACCUCCAGGAGCACUAUGAGGAUGAUGCAGCUGAAGUUGAUGUGAUGAAGAUAUUUCCUGAUCUCUUCGGAUGUGUUUUCAAGUUUGCCAAGGCCCAAGGGUGGAAUACAGAGACCCCUUUGAAGGAAAUGUUCCUUAGAGGAGACAUCAGCACCAGCUUUACAUCAACAAGCCCUGAGGAGCCUCUGUCUGUCCCCGUACAAGAGUCUCAAUCCAGCGACUUGAAGUAAUGAAAUACUUAAGAGUUUUGUAAGCAGUCAGAUAAUAAAAGCACAAGCAACUCUGAUGUAAUAGUUUUGAACUGUUACUGAAUAGCGUCAAACGUAAAGAAGCCUGUGUAGGGCAUUGCAUGUGCAUUGUGCAUAGGAACUAUUUUCCAAAGGCUGACAGUAACAGUAUGUAGAUCAUAAGAUACUGUACUGUACAUUACUUUUUAUGGCUUCAGUCUAUUAUUCAGUCUUUGUUACUUUACAAAUGAUUAUACACAAGGCAUAUGAUGAAUAUCAACAUUAGGACAUUUAAAUAGUUGAACCACUGAAUUAGCUGCGUCUUAAAUGAACAACUAUUGAUGCACCGAUAUUACCAGUGAAGAGACUGACUAACUUCUAUAUUUUAAAGAUUUUACCACAAUAAUUCUGUUUCAUUUUCACAUUUACAUUUUAGAUUAUUUUAUUAUUUUGUAUUACCAUGAUUUUGCUAUAAUAUGUUGAGGGAGAAGAACGUGAGGGAGUAGAUGUAAUGAACUCUGAAAUAUAUUGUCCAAUGUUGAUUUAUUUGGGACAUUUAGUGUUUUGGGUGGUUUUAUUUUUUUAGAUGUUCUUGUCCAUCCUCUCAGAAGGAUGGUGAGGAAUGAAGGAGCAUUCAUUCUGUUUUGGAGGAUACUGAAUAUUGACUCACUGGCUAAAAGAAUUACAAAAAUACAUGAACUGCAACUCCACUUCCUGUUUGUCACAAAUUAUGACAAAUGUUAGUGUAGGUGCAAUAGAUUAUAUUGCGUACAGUAGAUAAGUAAGAAGUACUUUGUAAGGUGGUAAAUUAUUCAGGAUUGGACAAAGCUAAUGCCUUUUUAGACUAAUUUGAAUGGAAUACACUUUUAGACCAGACUGAGUUGGUGGCGAUAGAAGCUCUUUAAGUGUUUCAUUGAUGUCAGGGAAACAAACAUUCGCACACCGUUGUGUGAUCAUUUAACUUUUAUUUAUCAACUAUAACUUGAUUAAAUGCUCCUCACGGAAGAAAUCAUGGACUCAAACAUAAAAAAGAAAAGAAAAAGUAAAUGAAUGCAACUUGCAAGCACAUGACAUUCAAAAAAGGGGUUUUGCAAAAUUAUUUUUAAAUGAACCUACAAACUGAGCAUUCAAAAAGUGCUUCUCAUUAAGUAAAUGCUUUUGUUAAAAAAAAUAAAAGGCAUACGGGAGGCUAGCUUUAUGACAUGCAGGCUAUUUUGUAUGGUUUUGUUUUAACCAUAUAAUGUUACUCAAUAUGCUGUAAAUAUAAUCAGGUUGGUAUCGAACUAAAUGUGUAAAAAUAAGAUUUGAAGAUGGGUUUUUUUUCAUUCAAUGUUCGGCAGGUUUAUGUUGCAACAUUUAUUUGAUUGCUUAAAAAAAUACAUAUUGGAUUUAAAAAGCUGUCAGAAUCAAUAUUUUAUGUUUAUGUAGUUACAAAUGUCACAAACAUAACUUGUCUUCGUCCAAUGAUAUGACUUUCUUCACAGUUGAUACACCACCAACGAUAUGUUUCAUAGGGUUUGCGUGUAUUUGUGCGCGUAUUUGUCCUCCUUCGUUGUUAAGUGCCAGGCAGGCUGUACUUUUGUUUCUUGCCUCCUGCUCUUUCCUCUACUCCCUGUCAUUCGCUACAGCUAAUCAGCAGCUGAUCAGUACCUGCCUGGGCAUCUCUGACUGAUGACUGAUUGGCUCCUCUCACCCUCAGCUGACCAAUCAGCACCCAGGACCAGCCAUAAAGGAGACAACCAGGAAGCCUUCUCGGUCUCACUGCUGGGCCUGCUGCUGACUGGAGAGCCUCAAUUUGACUGCGUGUUAAAGCAUUGUGACAAUUGUGUAUCCUGUGCUAUAUGUUGUGACUGUGUGUGUGGUGGGAGGUGGAGGAGUUAGGUAAGUUUGGGGUACCCUUUACAUCUCAUCACGUAGAUAACAUAUGUUAGACACACUAGGUUAGCGGAUUGUUGCCACCCCUGUAUUUUGCUUUGUCCACUUAUUAGUAGUUCAGGAAGUGAGGGUUUUUGGUUGAGUUUGUUUCAGAAGAUAUGUAGAGACAGGCCUGGUUUUUGUUAUAUUUAUUUCUUUUAUUUGGCACAAUCUCCCUUGUCUCCUCCUCCUCCUCACCUGAAGAACAUUGUUGUUCAUUCUUUAGUGAUUAGAAAUAAACAUUGUCUGUCUACAUUUAA